AUGGGUCCUGCAAGGAAGAAGCAGAGACUGUCGAACGGCAAUGCUGCGACCGUCAGCGACCAAGAUACUUUACCAGCGAAUACCGCCAGCGUCGACACCGCCGAGAAUACGGCAGAAGCACAGGAGAAGGCGGUUCAGCAGAGACGGUCGUUGUUCGUUCGUUCGCUGCCCGCCAGCACCACUUCCGACUCUCUGACCGAUCUGUUCUCCGACUCGUAUCCCGUGAAGCAUGCUGUCGCCGUCGUCGAUCCCUCGACCAAGGAGUGCCGUGGAUAUGGCUUUGUAACCUUUGCCGACGCCGAAGAUGCCGCUCGCGCUAGAAGGCAGUUCAAUGGUCAUGCCCUCGACGGUCGGAAGCUGCGCAUAGAGGUUGCAGAACCUCGUCACAGGAAUGAUGAUGGUGAAGCGGCUGGGCAUGCCAGAAAGGUGCAGGAAGAGCCGCAUCAGCCACCUAAGCUUAUUGUGCGGAACCUCCCAUGGUCGAUCAAGAGGCCUGAGCAGCUUUCAAAGCUAUUUAUGAGCUAUGGCAAAGUGAAACAGGCGUACAUUCCCAAAAAGGGUCCUGGUCUGAUGGCUGGAUUCGGCUUUGUCAUUAUGCGAGGCAAGAAGAAUGCGGAGAAGGCUAUUGAAGGCGUAAAUGGCAAAGAGAUUGAUGGGAGAACUGUCGCUGUCGAUUGGUCUGUCCAGAAAACGGUUUACGAGGAUAUGGCGAGAGAUCAGCAGACAGUGGAGGACAAGAAGAGCGGCGAGGAUGGGGUUCUAACGGAUGACGAUAAAGAAGAGGACGGCCCGGACAGCGAUGGGGAGAGCGGUAGCGAAGAUUCGGAGAGGGAUUCUGAGAAUCAAGAUGAAGACGGAGUAAAUCUUGAUAUGCAAGACGAGGACGAGGCGCAGGAAGAACAUCACCGCCCUGACGACCGUUCUUUCACACUCUUCGUUCGAAACCUCCCUUUCACUUGCACCGACGAAGACUUGGAAGAUCACUUCACACAAUUUGGUAGCACGCGCUACGCUCGGGUGGUCGUAGACCACGAGACCGGACGCUCAAAAGGAACGGGAUUUGUCUGCUUCUACAACCAGGAAGACGCAGAUGCGUGCCUACGUGGAGCCCCAGUGCGGUUGACAAAUGCCUCGCAAGAAAAGAGUAGCAAGGAUGUCAAACCUGUGCAACCGACUCAUUCGAUUCUACAAAACGAAUACGCAGAUCCUACGGGACAGUAUACAAUGGACGGCCGUGUACUGCAGAUAUCGCGUGCAGUGGACAAGUCCGAGGCGAGUCGACUGACGGAUGAGGGUGCAGCUCACCGCACGCGACGUGACAAUGACAAGAGACGGCUGUAUUUGUUAUCCGAGGGUACAAUCUCCUCCAAAUCGAAGCUGUGGGAACAACUGUCGCCCUCCGAAAAAGCGAUGCGUGAGGCCAGCGCGAAGCAGCGGAAGACUUUGAUCGAGAGCAAUCCAUCGCUGCACCUCAGCUUGACACGACUAUCAGUACGCAACAUCCCGCGCAGUGUUGGCUCGAAAGAACUGAAAGAGCUGGCUCGGCAGGCUGUGGUAGGCUUUGCCACCGACGUCAAGGAAGGUGUAAGACAGAAGCUGUCAUCGGAGGAGCUGGCUCGGGGUGGAGAAGAAUCGCAAGCUGCGGAGAAAGCGCGCAAGAAGUCUGGCAAGGGUCUGGUCAAGCAGGCUAAGGUCGUGUUCGAAAGCACUGGCGGGAGCAAGGUCUCUGAAGACAGUGGGGCAGGGAGAAGCCGUGGCUACGGUUUCAUCGAGUAUUACACGCAUCGAAAUGCUUUGAUGGGUCUUCGCUGGCUAAAUGGGCACGCCAUCGGGUACCAAGUCAAGGAGGGAAAAGGCAAUCUCAGUCGGGAGGACAUUCAAGAUCGCAAGAAGAGACUGAUUGUUGAGUUUGCCAUUGAAAACGCCCAAGUCGUUUUACGGCGGAAGGAGGCCGAACAGAAGGCGAGGGCAAGGAGCCAAGCAGUCCAAGAGGGCUUGGCGACGCAAGAUCGCGCUGAUGGAAAGAAAUUCUCGAAUACAAAGGGGAGAGGAGAGAAACCCGGUUCGCGGAAGCGCAAGAGAGAUUCCGAUGUGCAACGAUCCUCGAAGGCGGCGGCAGAUCGGUCAGACAAGCCCAGCCGUGAUUCAAAGAAGCCAGUCGAUGAGAAGCUCGCCCGGCGGAACCAGAUAAUAGGCAAGAAGCGCGCUAUGCGAGCUCGCAAGAAGGGUUCGAAGUAG